AUGCUGCCUUGUUUGUUUGUACUCACCCGUUAUAUCAAUACAAGGACCGAGAGAGAGAGAGAGAGAGAGAGAGAGAGAGAGAGAGAGAGAGAGAGAGAGAGGAGAGAGAGAGAGAGAGAGAGAGAGAGAGAGAGAGAGAGAGAGAGAGAGAGAGAGAGAGAGAGGAGAGAGGAGAGGAGAGAGAGGAGAGAGAGAGAGAGAGAGAGAGAGAGAGAGAGAGAGGGUUAG